UUAACUUACAGAAAAAAAUCAUUUUGCAAUAUCGUAUUCCGUCGGGAUCGGCCGAUCCAGAAUAUUGGUCAGAUGGCUCAGUUAGCAAGGAACGCCGGUCGCCUGCUCACCCAGGCGGCGACGCCGCACCACCACCGCUCCGCCCUGGCGUCUAUUUACACCAGCCGCGCGUCUUUCGCGGCAUCCUCUUCGGCGCCCCCCACGCCGUACGCUCCCUCUCCUCCUCCGUCGACAUCGUCGCCCCCCGGGUUAUCUAAGGCGGCGGAGUUCGUGAUCUCGAAGGUCGAUGACCUCAUGAAUUGGGCCCGCCGCGGCUCGAUUUGGCCGAUGACUUUUGGACUGGCCUGUUGCGCCGUGGAGAUGAUGCAUACCGGCGCUGCGCGCUACGAUUUGGAUCGGUUUGGAAUUAUUUUCAGGCCUAGCCCUAGGCAGUCGGAUUGCAUGAUUGUUGCUGGAACUCUCACCAAUAAGAUGGCGCCUGCCCUUCGCAAAGUUUAUGACCAAAUGCCUGAACCAAGGUGGGUUAUAUCCAUGGGAAGCUGUGCCAACGGUGGUGGUUACUACCACUACUCAUAUUCUGUUGUCCGAGGCUGUGACAGGAUUGUUCCUGUGGACAUCUAUGUUCCGGGGUGCCCACCAACUGCCGAGGCCCUUCUCUACGGACUGCUUCAACUGCAGAAGAAGAUCAACAGGCGCAAGGAUUUCCUUCAUUGGUGGACCAAGUGAAGAACACUGUUGGGUGUUAUUUGUUGCUUGUUUGUGACAGAAUAAUCAAACUUGUUGUAGACAUCAUCACAGCAUUGUUGCUUAUGUUUUCUGUCAUAUAACUUACGAGGACCCUUCCCCGUUUCCAGGGCUGUUUUAUGGAUUUCGAUUGUGUUGUGUUCAAUUGAAUAAGAAUGCCUGGUUAUAUAAAAACUUGUAUCAAGGAGAGGUUAAAACUCUUUCUAAGAGCGUGAAUCUUUUCUUAUCUUCUUGGUGUGCCAUUGUGAUUUCAGGGUUGGUCCUGAGAUUAAAGUAUUAAGACAUUAUAUUUUAUUCUUCUUUCGCUUGUUA